AACCAGGUCCUGGACUUGCUUCCGUUCUUUGCUGCACUGAGAGAUGACCACCAGGAUCAGCUGAAGAAUUCUGUGAACAGGUUCAUUGCUGACAACUUCCCGUUGAGGAGUUCAGAGUUCACUGAGGGUUCACACCAGUAUAAGAACUACAUUGCUGCCAUCAACAAGCUGCUGGUGGCCAUGGAGAUGACAGGAAGUCUGAUGUUACUGGAAGUUAUCAUCAGUGUCUUGUGCCGGGAGAACAAGCAUGCCCACGAGGAUGUUAUACAACAGGGGAUCAUCAGCUUCGUUAAGAG